UGGACAUCAGCCUUCACACUGCGGAGAUCUCCCAAGGAUGGCGGCGUACCGCUCUUCCUCCAUGGCCUUCCGCCUCAUCCCCGCUGCUUCCAAGACGAUAACAACUUUCCGCUCCUCCUCCUCCUCGAACGGUUCCAUCUCCUCGCUACUCCGCGGCGACGGACUCUCCCGGGGCCCGGCUUUCGGGUGGGGUUUAGGCGGGUCUCGUGGCGCUGCGUCUGCCGCCGCGUGCUCGCCGUCGGAUCCGGCGCAGCUGAGGAGCGCCAGGGACGACAUCAGGGAGCUCCUCAAGACGACAUUCUGCCAUCCUAUUCUGGUCCGUUUGGGUUGGCAUGAUGCUGGCACAUACAAUAAAAGUAUUGAGGAAUGGCCAAGGCAAGGCGGAGCUAAUGGAAGCGUGCGAUUUGACAAAGAAUUGAAACAUGCAGCCAAUGCUGGCCUAGUAAAUGCUUUAAAGCUUCUUCAGCCUGUCAAGGACAAGUAUUCAGGUGUUACAUAUGCAGAUUUGUUCCAAUUAGCCAGUGCUACAGCUGUUGAGGAAGCUGGUGGCCCCAAAAUCCCAAUGAAGUAUGGUAGGGUAGAUGCCUCUGGACCUGAACAGUGCCCUGAGGAAGGGAGGCUUCCUGCUGCUGGGGCACCUUCACCAGCAUCUCAUUUAAGGGACAUAUUCUACAGAAUGGGUCUAAGUGACAAGGAUAUUGUUGCAUUGUCUGGCGCACAUACUCUAGGUAGGGCCAGUCCGGAACGUAGUGGUUGGGGAAAACCAGAAACAAAAUAUACGAAAGAUGGCCCUGGUAGACCUGGUGGACAGUCAUGGACGCCGCAAUGGCUGAAAUUUGAUAAUAGCUACUUCAAGGAAAUCAAAGAGCGAAGAGAUGCAGAUCUGCUAGUUUUGCCCACAGAUGCUUCUUUAUUUGAAGAUCCAUCCUUCAAGGUAUAUGCCGAGAAAUACGCGGUGGACCAGGAUGCAUUUUUCAAAGAUUAUGCUGAAUCACAUGCAAAACUCAGCAACCAAGGUGCCAAGUUUGAUCCUCCGGAGGGCAUCUCAAUAGAGCAUCACUGAGAUACAAACAUCUGCGAAACGGUUCCUUGAAGAGAAGUAUUCAUGUGAGUUAGCUACCUUAGGCUAUGAAUUAGAAGACAACUGCAGAGUGUGGAAGAGGCAGCCCACAUUCCUCCUGAAUUUAUUAAUUCUGAAGUAUCAUAAUCUCUAUUGCUGGCUUUGGUUUCUGCAAAUGUCUUCUUGCAA